GCCCCACCGCGCAGGACCCAGUUCCCGGGACAACUCGGCGCGGGGCGGCGUCCGGCGCCGUCCGGGGCGCUGGCUGCCGGGGUGGACAUGGCGGCCGGCCGCACCCGGGCUGUGCUAGCCGCCCUGGGUGUGCUGGCUGUCUGUGCGGCCAGCGGCUCCGGGCCCGGGACAGAAGGGGAGCCCGGAGACGAGGCGGAGUGGGCGGAGCCGUGGGACGGCGCGGUCUUCCGGAUGCCCUCGGCGCUGGGCGCGGUGGGGGUGGCGCGCAGCCCGGAGCCCCCGCGGCCCGGGAGGAAAGACGCGGCGGACCUGCCGGUGCUGCUGUGGUGGAGCCCGGGGCUGUUCCCCCACUUCCCGGGGGACUCGGAGCGCAUCGAGUGCGCGCGCGGCGCGUGCGUGGCGUCCCGGGACCGGCGGGCGCGCGGCCACUCGCGCACGCGCGCGCUGCUCUUCUACGGCACCGACUUCCGCGCGUCCGAGGCGCCGCUGCCCCGCCUGGCGCACCAGAGCUGGGCGCUGCUGCACGAGGAGUCGCCGCUCAACAACUUCCUGCUGAGCCACGGGCCGGGCAUCCGCCUCUUUAACCUCACCGCCACCUUCAGCCGCCACUCGGACUACCCGCUGCCGCUGCAGUGGCUGCCGGGCGCCGCCUACCUGCGCCGCGCCGCACCCCCGCUCCGGGAGCGCGCCGAGUGGCGGCGCCGCGGCUACGCGCCGCUGCUCUACCUGCAGUCCCACUGCGACGUGCCCGCCGAUCGCGACCGCUACGUGCGCGAGCUCAUGCGGCACAUCCCGGUGGACUCGUACGGGAAGUGCCUGCAGAACCGGGAGCUGCCCACGCCGCGGCUACAGGACACGGCCACCGCCACCACCGAGGACCCGGAGCUCUUGGCCUUCUUGUCCCGCUACAAGUUCCACCUGGCCCUCGAAAACGCCAUCUGUGACGACUACAUGACCGAAAAACUGUGGCGCCCCAUGCACCUGGGCGCCGUGCCCGUGUACCGCGGCUCCCCCUCCGUGAGGGACUGGAUGCCCAACAACCACUCCAUCAUCCUCAUUGAUGACUUCGAGUCGCCCCAGAAGCUGGCGGAGUUCAUUGACUUUCUGGACAGGAACGACGAGGAGUAUAUGAAAUAUCUGGCCUACAAACAACCCGGGGGCAUCACCAACCAGUUCCUCCUGGAGAGCCUGAAGCACCGGGAGUGGGGCGUGAAUGACCCUUCGUUGCCCAACUACCUCAACGGCUUCGAGUGUUUCGUCUGUGACCAUGAGCUGGCCAGGCUGGAGGCCGAGAAAGCCCACGCAGCCUCCCCUGCUGACACCCCUGUCCCUGAGCCUCGCAUUGCCCAGCCCUCACACAUGGACUGCCCAGUGCCAACUCCUGGCUUUGGCAGCGUGGAGGAGAUUCCUGGGAGUGACAGCUGGAAGGAGAUGUGGCUGCAAGACUACUGGCAAGGUCUGGACCAGGGGGAAGCUCUCACUGCCAUGAUCCACAACAAUGAGACACAGCAGGGGAAGUUUUGGGAUUACCUACACGAGAUCUUCCUGAAAAGGAACCAAAAUCUCUAAUUACCCUGCGAGAGCUGGUAACUUGGCAGAGCUAAGGAGAUGGAAGUCCUUCUCCCACAGGACAUGCUGCACAAACUCUUAACGAACAUUGUCUUACCCUGAAUUUAAGGGAUUCCAGUUGUAUCGACUGAUGUUUUAUCCUAAUGAUGUGUAGCCAGGGUCUCAAGGAGAGAUGAAGGCAUCCAGGCCUUAGUUUAGUGGAAAACAGAAGCCUGAAACACCAAUUUGAUUCAAGGUGCAGAGCCAACAGAAUUUUUAAAGAACUGCUUAUUUCUCUAGCCAUUUCAUCCUGUCAGUUAUGAUUGGGACAACACUUAGUACUUAGCUACAAAUGAGGUAAGAUUUCUCAUGCGCUAGUUUUCAAACCCCUUAUUGCUUAGUACCUUUUCUAAUCUCUUUUCCAGAUAUUAUGCUUUAUGAGCUGUUAUGUUGGUGGUGAAGUGAAACUCCUGGUGGUGUAUUCUAGUUCUCUGGAGUUGUAUUUUUUUUAAUAUCAUUUACCUUGGUUUUCAUGUUAGUCUUUUUAUUUAAAAUUUUUUUCCUUUUCCUAGUUUUCCACAAUUUCUGAUGAAGAUACAGCAGCCUUGCCACCAUUCCCACAUUCAAUCUUCUCUGUAUUAAAUUGGUUAUAGAUUUUUGACAGUUUUAAUUUAUAUAAUUCUAUAUA